AUGGGACAAUGUUUAACACAACUUUAGAUUCCUUAUAUGAUUUAGUUCUUAGAGGAUUUACAGGGUAAGGGGACUGCUCCAAUAUCUGCUGAGGAAAGAGAAGAACUAGAGAGACUCAGAAGAGAGCAUAGCAAACUUAAGCAAAAAGCUCAACAUAAAGUCAAAGAAGAUCACGACCACUCUGAUGAUUCAGAUGACUCUAGUGAGGGCGAAGAUGCUGUGUAAGAAUUAGUAAUAAACCCUCAAAAAGCAAAGCAUCUCUCUUAAAACGCAAGAGUUUCAGUCAGUGCUGAGGUAUUCGGAAAAUACAACCAAAAGCAGUCCUUCUAACCUAUUGUUAUUCCUAAAUCAGAUGGAAUUAAGGACAAAAUCAGAAACAGACUCAAGUAAUCAUUUAUGUUUUCAGCAUUAGAUGAAACUGAGCUUGAAGUUGUUAUUGAUGCUAUGGAUGAGAGAAAACCAGCAGCAGGAGUCAAUGUUAUUAAUGAGGGAGAGAAAGGAGAUGAGUUAUUCGUCGUAGAAGAAGGUGUCUUAGACUGCUUCAAAUAAUUCCCUGGAGAGCCUGCUCCUAAACAUCUUAAAUCGUAUGAGCCAGGAGAUGCAUUCGGAGAGCUGGCCUUGUUGUACAACGCUCCCAGAGCAGCAACAAUCAAGACAAAGACUGACUCAUUUUUGUGGGUUCUCGAUAGAAAUACUUUUAACUAUAUAGUUAAAGAUGCUGCUCAGUAAAAAUCUUAACUUUAAUAUAUGUAAAUUAGACGCAAGAGAGAUAAAUAUGAGGAUUUCCUAAAAAGUGUAAAAGUGCUGUAAAAUAUGGAUCACUAUGAGAGAUCCAAACUUGCUGAUGCCAUCAAGGAGGAAAGAUACGCCAAGGAUGACUUUAUAAUUAAAGAAGUAAGUUAUUGUAUUUUAGCUCUUACCAUAAAUGAAAAUUAGGGUGAAGGUGGCAAUAUAUUCUAUAUAAUCAUUGAGGGAGAAGCGAUUGCAACAAAGACAUUAGAGCCAGGUCAAUCUCCUAAGUAGGUGAUGAAGUAUCAACCAGGAGAUUACUUUGGAGAGCUUGCACUUUUAAAGAACGAGCCUAGAGCUGCUAACGUUAUAGCAACAACUAAACUCAAGGUCGUAUGUUUAGAUAGAAACAGCUUCAAAAGACUCCUCGGACCAUUGGACGACAUUCUCAAGAGAAACAUGGAUGCUUAUCAGAACUACGUCUGA